UAAACAUGUAAUGUCUUUAAUGUAUGAGAGAAUUGUUUCUGCUGAUCUUACAAAAAAGUGCAGAGAAAAGUCAGCUGGAGGCCUCAAAGGGUCAUCUGAAGGUCAAAAUUAAGUUUGUGCUGCACUCAUCUCUAUACUUUAAUUUGUUUACAGUAAAGUUGAAGCUACUUAAGAGUUUAGUGUAAACCUAACAAUAGAACACAAUUCUGUUAGGAAGGCAUAUGCAAUUUUGAUUUCAAAUGACUGCUCCUGCUCCUCCAAAGAUAAAUACAUUUUCUUGUAUUUUUCAGUGCACGGCUGUGCCUCGUUAUCCAAUCAUAAGCGGCAUCUACAAUCCACCAGGUGCAGGCUCAUUAGUUUGUUAAUGGGUAAAGAUACACAAUCACUGCACACUAUUGUCGUUGCAGCUAAAGGAAAAUCCCAGCAACUCUUAUGCUGAAUUAUGCUGCAAAUACUGAUCGCAUCAAAUGUGUGCAAAUGUUACAGAAAAUGACCAACAAACACUACUCGAACCAGCAACUCAUUGUUUGCCUCUGUCUUCUGUGACAAUACCAAGAUAAAAAGUAUCUUCAUAAGGCUGAGGAAAAAGUAAAGUAGUAUGAGCAUAAAGUAUUUUGUAGAUUGACUAGGUAGCUGUCUUGUUGUAAAGAGACUUCUACUUCUGUGGCUCCAUCUGUCAUUCCACACCUCCCAGAUUUAGCUGGCUUUGGCUUUUCUUUUCUGCUGGGUGUUUUACUUUUAUAAUUUAUUUAUUAUCUGUCGACUGUGAGUUUAAAGAAGAACUGUCCUAUAUUAAUUUAGCUGCUUCCCAGUUACAUUGCAAUAACAGUAUCCGGAUCAAAAUCCAAACCUGUAAUACUCUGGAUUUUCCAUUGUCUACAAAUAGUCCACAGAUGCACUCCGGGAAAAUCAUCUCCCAAACCUGCCCUUCCCCAAAGUAAAGUAUUAAAAGUACUCAGUACUAAUAAAUGACUUCUGUGGGUAUUUAUCAUUACAUUAUUACUGCAGCUCCCAGGAGCCAACUUGUCCCUUUGUCUUUGCAGUACCAAAUUUUGGCCAAUAGAUGGCAAAGUGGUUACGUUGUAGGCUUGACUGCAUUUGCAUCGAACCUUUUAUGGCUGGAAGCAGUUGCAGCUGGAAAGAGAGCACGCGGAUUCGUCUGUCAGUUAUGCAGUCGAUAUCACAUUGAUGCUCCAAAGUGACGGCACGGUGGCAGUGUUGCUGGGCCACAGCAAAAAGCAAAAGAAGAAGAGGACGAGAAGAAGAAGUGGGGUGAGCCAAGAGAAGAAGGGUUGUGUCAGCCUCGGCCUCCUGAGCAGCAGACGCCGUGCUUCCUCCUCUUCUUCCGUCUGUUCAGCAGCAGUUAUUCACAGUGGCGAGGCCAAGAAAAAUGGGGCGGAAACUGGACCUGUCGGGCCUGACGGACGAUGAAGCAGAGCACGUCCUGAAAGUGGUUCAACGGGACAUGAAGCUGCGAAAGAAGGAGGAAGACAGGCUGAGUGAAAUGAAGCAGGAGCUGGCAGAGGAAGGCAGCAGAUGCUCCAUCCUCUCCAAGCAGCACCGUUUCAACGAGCACUGCUGCAUCCGCUGCUGCGCGCCCUUCACCUUCCUGCUUAACCCCAAGCGUCAGUGCCUGGACUGUCAGUACAACGUCUGCAAGAGCUGCUGCACCUACAGCAAGAGGGAUAAAGCCUGGCUGUGUUCGGCGUGCCACAAGGGCAGGGUUUUGAGAACACAGUCUCUCGAAUGGUAUUAUAACAAUGUGAAGAGUCGGUUCAAGAGGUUUGGCAGCGCCAAGGUUUUAAAAACUCUGUACAGAAAGCACAUCAUUGAGAGAGGUGCGCUCUCUGAUCUCCCAGAAAGCAGUGUUCACGAAGGAAGCAUCUGCAACGACAACGAUGGCAGCAUCUGUGGCAGUGACUCCGCCUUCUACAGACAGAGUGAAGGACACAGUAUGGCAGAGACUCUCACAGUGGCCCUGCGUGUUGCUGAAGAGGCUAUAGAGGAGGCCAUCGCUAAAGCAGAGGAGUUCAGUGACAGCUUGGAGAAGCAGAAUGAAGCACGGUACUUGCGGGACCACAAAGAAGAACUCAUAGAAGAACUUGCUACGACUAUUGUCCAAAAAAUCAUUCAGCGGAGGAAACAUUCGGAGAUGCAAACAGAGUACGACUUUGCCUGGCCUCAACCUCAGUCUCUGAUCCAGACCAGUGAACUCCCCUCACCUUCACAGCCCCAUACUUCUUCUCAAGCCCCACAGGAUCCCCUCAAAACCUCCUACUCCCUCUGGAGGUCACGCUCAGCAUUUUCCCUCACUAGUGACGAUUCCCCAGAGAAGGGUCCAGAGGAGGCGGGUGCAGGAGCAGGUGGAGACCUGCAGGAGUAUUCGUCUCUGAAAAGGGAGGCUAAGGCCACGUCUCUGCCCAGCUGGAAGAGUGUCGAUCGGCUGGACAACUCCAGUGCGUCUUCGGUGCUUCAGAGUCCAGACGGUAACUGGAUCGCUCUGCAAAGUUCUCAGUUGUCCCGGCCCAGUCUGCUGACAAAGAGAAAGAGUCUGGUGUUCAGUGUGUUGGAGAAGGAGUCAGGUGUGGUUUCGGCGUACGACGAGAUGGGCUCUGACUCCGAGGAGGACGACCAGGGCGGCUGGGGCACGGCGUUGAGACAGUUCAGGCGCAAACUGUCUGACGAAACUUAUUACACAGACUCACAGCACGACCCGGAGUGGACGUACACUCAGCACCUCCCUAUUACCUCACCAUCCUCUGGACAGUACACCAACACUGAGACUCUGAACUCAGACUCAGAAGCUUCAUCUGUGCCACCGAUGUAUCCUCGUAAACCACCUCAUAACGUGUUCAGGAAGAAAGGACUAUCUGAUACUCACCUGCAUCCUCAUCACCAGCCUCUGUACCACCAACACCUGCACCAGAACUUCUCACCAUCACCUCUGCAUUCAGAGACACUGGAUGUGAACUUUAACCCAAAGGUGAUGGCGGACAGCAGUGAGGCCGAGGAGAGGCAGAGCGACCCCAUCAAGAGGUCACGACGACGCCGGAAGAGCAAAAGAGAAUCCUCAACAGAGCAAAGCAAGUGUGGAGGCCAGGGCAGCACACAGUCUCUCUACCCCUUAGCACAGGAAAACAGCGGUCUUCUGCUGAAUGCUCUGUUGAAGAGAGGUGUAAGUCAGGAUCAGUCUGUACCUGAAAAGAUGCCGGUGGCUGCGGGAGAACCGCACACCUUCAGAGUGGAUAUCAUCCCACCGGAGCCCAAAGAGUUGGAGACAGCGGCCCAGAAUUCAGUGACCCUGACCCUCCCACCUCCGCCCUAUCCUUUAGAUUCAGCAUCCCAGCAGCCUCUCCACUGUUUAGAGCCCGGAGACUUUCUGGAAGAGGAAUUACAAUCCACGCUCAGCCAGAUGGUCAAACGUGCCAACAGCAAAGACAAGAGCUCAAGUGAAGACGAUAAUGAAAGUGACGGACGGAGAGAGAAGACAAGGCCGAAAUACUUAGAACGACAGAGGUCAUGUGACAGGUUAAAGGAGAAAGGGAGUGAAACGGCAGAGCAGGCAGAUGAAAAAGGGCGAAGUGAGAGAUUGAUUCAAAGUCCCUCUGUGAGAGUGAGGAGGUUUGAAGACAGAGCCAGAAGUUUGGAAGAGACGGUGGAUGACCAGGAGCCAACGAGAGGAGACAGAAGUGAGGGACACCGACUGAGUAAGAGACAACACAAAAGAGAUGCGGUUAAAGACACUGGACGGAGGGGAGAGGGAGGAAUGAGUGGCUCAAGUGCAACUUCACCUUCUACCCAGGAGGGGGUGCUGUCUGACAACCAGGAGACACAGAGUGACUUGGAGCAGCAGCAGAGGCUUCAGUCUCUGUCCUCUCUCUUACAGCAGCAGAAAUACUCGGCAGCCUCUCUAUGCAGCAUCACUACAGAGGUACUGAAGGUUCUGAACGCAACAGAGGAGCUGAUCGGUGAAGCAGGAGGAGACAGCUGCACGCCGUCCGAGGCCACGACCGUUUCUCCGAUUUCUGCCACCAAUGAGACCCGCAAACUGGACCAGAGACUGACCAAGAUGGAGGAGAAUGUGUAUCUUGCUGCUGGGACUGUGUAUGGCCUCGAGGGGGCGCUUGGGCACUUGGAGCAGUGCGCUCGUAGUAUAAGAAGUGGUACCACUGACACAGAGAUGGCUUUUCUGGAAGACCAGGUGGCUACAGCUGCAGCACAGGUCCAGCAGUCUGAAAUCCAGAUCUCAAAUAUUGAGGCCAGGAUAUCAGCUCUGAAAACAGCUGGGUUGAAUGUGACAGUCUGCAAUCGCUUCUCCAAAAAGUCAAAGCCUCAAACUCUGGAUUCCUCACGUCAUCAAAGACGGAAGCUUCCAGCACCUCCUCUGAAAGACUGAGCAGAAGUGAAGUGAGUCUCACAACAUGACACGUUUCCUCACCAUCAGUGGACAACACAUUUUGUGUUUUGUCCUGUGAGAGGGGUUGGCUGCUGAAUGGAAGGAGUGGUGAAUACAGCUGCUAAAAAGGAGACUGAAAAGCUCCAUUAGAUGUAAAGCAACCAAAAUGGAAGCACAAACAGUGCAGGAAGAGCAGGCUGUUUUAUCACCCAACAAGAAGUCGCUCCCUUUUCAGGCCAGUGAAUGGCAUUUUUUCUGUCUUUCUUUAUUUUUCUUUUUGUCUUAUUUUUCCUCCACCAGACUCCGCACAAUACCUCUGAUUCAGCGUGGCUUUUUGAGUAAGCUUCAUGGCCACAAAGACGCCACACUGGAGAGCAGGACAAAAGCUGUGAACUAGACACGUUGUCCUAUUGAUUCCAGCUUAAAGCGUCCUUUUUAUAAUCCAAUAUAUUAUAAAAUAUGCUCUGCUAUGAGUAUGCUCUGAAAUAAAAAUUAAAACCCUGGAAAAUGAGGAUUUUGUUUGGACGUGUCUCGAACAAGCCAGACAGCAUCGACUCAGUCUUCUACCAAUGUUUUGCUUUAUAUUUCAGUUCUAAAUACCCAAUAUUUUUGUUCUCAGAAACGUUGAAGGCAGAGCAGUAGCUCACAGUCAGUCGGCCAUAGUGAAAGUUAUCUGCACAACCAGUCCUGCAAGGUCCCUUCAGACCACCAGGGACAGGGGCCCUUCUCAUCUAGUGCCUUGACCCACCGUUGGUCUCAGCUCCAAACCAAGCAGAACUCAUCACCUGCCUGGUGUGACGCAUGGAACACGCAGCCUCAAGACAGGCACUGUAGUACGUCAGAAAGACACCACUGUCACUCUCCUAUUUUGCUUCUUUAGGUACUGUUUUCCCUGCAGUUUCUCAGUGGUUUCACAAGACCAGGAAAAGCACGGUUUGAGUUGACAGUCAGUAUCUGCCUUAAAGAUCCUACAAACACUCCCUGUGGUCCAGCUCCCACUUAAUAUAUGUACAGGCGGAUACAAAAUGAUCUGUGUCCUCUCCCCAUCUGUCUGAAAGAGUAUUGUAAGUUAAUGUACGAAGAUGUGAUCAAAUAAUGCGUGACUUUGUUUAAUCAAAUGUCUGAAACAGAGGUGCAGCCAGAGAUACCAUAAAUACUUUAAGACUUAAGGUUUUGUUUGACGAUCACCAGGUACACACUCAACCUUACCGUCAUUACCGCACUCCCUAAAAAAACUUUGAAUAUAUGAUCUAUUAAAUGUAUAUUUUCAGUAUUUUGCUUAUUUAUUUGGGGACUCUGUAGAACAUGCAGUUCCCGUUACUCUCUGCUGGUGGUGCUAUGAUUGCAGUAUUAACGCCUUGGUCCAACAGUUGACUGCGCUGGAACAACAAUAAUGUUUUUUGUGUGUUUGUUUGUUUUUUUACACAUUAUAUAAAACACAGAUAUGAAGACAGUUGAUUAGCCUCUGAAAAUAAUCAAUCUGUCCUUGGUAAGCCAUUGGUGACAAAGAACACAUGAAUAAAUUAACUUUAACAUUGUAAAAAAUCCAAGGUAGAGAAGUAGAUUCAAAAGUAAUAUAGUUAUGAUUAUUUUCAGGAGUUUGUGUGGUACAGACACUUCUGGACAAGUUUUUUCUAAGCUUAUUUUGAAGACAGUUAGCCUGAGUUAGCUCUCUCAAUGCUACAUAAGCUUGGUAAGCUAACUAAACUUGUUUCUGAUGGUGUUAUAUUCCAAAAUCUCACACUCUUCUCAAAUGAAAUUUUUUUUUUCAGCCCUCAAUAUGGGACGAUUUAAUUUGCAAUUUCCUUUAAGCAAAGUCAGAAAAUCAUCAAGUUCAAGUUCUCGUUUUCAUUUGGACAAUUUUAACUCCUUUUGGCUAAUAAAUAGUUAUGUUGUGCCACGUUGCACAUUAUUAUUAUAAUGCAAUGAUAAUACAGAAUUAUUGCAUUAUUUUUCAUUACAAUUUUGGCUACUGUUUUUCUGACAGUUUUAACUUUUAAUAUUCUGGUCUUAUAAUUAAUCUCCCUUUUUUGUUCAAUUAUCUAACCUGUAACAGUAACUACAUUAGAAGAGAUAACAGAGAGAUGUAGGCAAGAUAUUUUUGAAAGAAGAGCGCCGUUACCACGUUGUAUUUAUUCAGAUGUUAACUUUAUAUUGUACUUGAGGAAAUAAAAGACCUCCCAGAGGAUAUAGAGUCCCACUUACAAUUACUAUUUUGAAAGCACUUCACCUUUGGCUUUUGGUUUUCAUACCCUUGGUGCAGUAUGUUUCAUUUUCAUUUUUUUGAUAUACAUAUUUUAGCUAUUCUCCCAAAUGGUCUGCACAAAGAAAACUGUCAUCUUUUUUGGGGGGGAGGUCUAGUUCUUUUGUCUUGCUUUCUGCUAACCCUGUAAAGAUUUUUACCGAAUUAAGUCUGAUGGGCUUUAUAUCCAGCGCCAUGAAACCAUGAUUUUGUUACAAACGAUUUAUUUUUGUACUUUCAGAGUGUUUUUAUGCAAUACUGCUGAAAUACAGUAUGUACUAUUACAAAUCAAAGGCUUUAUUCUCUCCUGAGAGGAGCUCUCCACCGUCACUGCUGCCAUGUGUGGUGACUCAAAAGUGCUUUCAGUGUCUGUCUGUAUUUACCGUCCUAUUUUGUGACAGUAAUGACUGCGGUGAAUGCUGCAAACACACUCUAGGAGGGGCUAAUACAGUCCAUACUGUGCUUGUACACUGGAAACACUAAAUCUCAAGAAAACUGCCUAUUUUUGUUUUUUCAUUUGCCCCGUGGUUACUGACAUUGGUUACAUUAUCACACACACACACACACACACACCUAUACACAUAUAUAUGGUAUAUACAAACAGUUUACUUUAGCUGACAGGAGCAGAGUUUAAUUGCCUGCUGUACUGCUUGACUGAGAACAUGCGAUGAUCUCCUGGCUCUCCUCUCCUUGAUGUGACCUCAUCAUAUUCACUAUUCCAGUUUUGCCCACUUUUGUAAAUCUUGUUCUCCAGCGGCAUCGGCAUAAACAAACAAACAAAAAACAAAAGCAUGUUUCAUGAAAUGGAUGUAAAGAAGAAGAAAAAAAAAAGCACAGCCGAAAAGGGUCCAAUCAUCAGUGUCCUGUAUUUUUCUAAUGUAAAAAAAACACUAUAUGUUCAUAUAUGUAUAAGUGUAAAAAAAAGAUGGGUAUGAUUUUGAAUUAAUAUGUGUAUUGCCCAAUAAUAAUUGACCAAUCGUGUGGUGUUGUGUGCAAGAGACCGUGUUUAAGUGUGUGAAACUGUAAAGCUGGAUUUACAGAGGAAGUCUAAUUUUUUUUUUUUAUAAAUAUUCCAGAUGUAACGAUGAGAUUCGAACCACAUAGAUGAGAAAUAUCUAUAUCCUGUCUAAAUCCAGUGUGAGCGACUGUGAAGGUUCACUGCACUGCUCUACAUUUUUAUGUGCAAUUUUUGAGAUGUGAGAAAAAAUAUAUAUGUGCAAAAAAAAACAACCACAGAUUCUCUAUGUGCCAGAUAAAAUAAAUAAUGUACAAUGAACUGAAUAAAAUUUGCAUAAAAGGCUUUUUUUUUAAAGGAAAGUUAUUUUUGGUGUACUCAGAAAUUCAGAAACACGUUCCGUAUCACCACAACAUCCAAAUUUAUUAAUCAAUAUAGAAUACAUUUCUAUGUACAGAUGCAAACAAAGGCAUUAAAUACAGUACAUGUAAUGAGUUGGA